UCCAAAGGAUAUUGAUGUGGUUCAUGUUUCAUAGGAACUGGAAUUUAAACAGGUCCUAUGACUUCACUUGUAAAGAUGAUGAACCAGAUCAUUCACUGGGCUCACACAAAGUAGUUAAGCAAUGGGUCUAUAGUUGCAGAGUUCCUACUGCAGAAUGUAUGUUUGAAGUCCUGAGAAAGCUUUUCGAUUAGUGGUUUACAAUUCGUCAAAAUACAGUUAUCAGAGUUGUUUUCAUAAAAUUAACAUAUAAAGCUUUUUAAGCAAGUAGCUGUAGAAUGCACUUGGAAUUUCGGAAGUACCACAGGUAUGGCUAUAUGCUAAACAUAUAACAAACUAAUUGCUAAAAGUUGUGGAUUAAUUUGUCUGUUCUAUAGUUGUUUGUGUACUUGAAAAUGCCACCUCAUAGAUUUCAGGCCAAUGGUUCUCUCAACCGCCCAGAGGUGUUAUAUUCAGUGAACCAUGGGUGGCCCUUGCCAUGAGGAUCAAGAAUCAAGAAUUCAAUUCCUAUUCAUUGAAGAGACAAGAUUAGCAGGAGACACUAAAGCAGAAAUUGGCAGCAUUUUGGGGAGAUGUGGGUUCCCAGCAAUAUAUAAUUUUGGGGAUUCAAAUUCAGACACAGGAGCAAUCUCUGCAGCUGCUAGAGAGGUUCUUCCACCAAAUGCUGAAAAUCUGCAGUUGCUAUCCCUGAUACUUGCUUGGACUUGUUUGGAGCAAAUUUUAGGUGUAGUGCCAAUUUUGCAACUGGUGGCUCAUCCAUUCAUUCAGGCGGCUAUAGCCCUAUUCGUCUUGCAAGCUUACCAGUUCAUUCACUUCAAAACUCAUAGCACGGCUCUAUAUAAUCGACUUAUCUUGAAUAGUAAGUUAAUUCACCUGCAUCUCUGCAUUUUCUCCCACAUUGUGCCAUUGUUGUAGUAGUGAAGGCGUGGUUGCAAGUGCUGUAAAAUCUCUAAUCUCUCUUACAUAUUUGGUAUUAUAUAUAUUUUAACGAGUGGCAGGUAAACUUGUAUUUUGACUUUAGAUUAACCAACAUCAUUCAAAAGCAGCCUUCCUAGCCCUGAUGGUUUCUCAAAAGCUAUAUUCAUACUGGAUAUCAGCCAAAAUGAUGUCGCCUAAGGUUUUGAAUUCAAUAGGCAGCUGAAGAACGAACUAUAUUGGUUGGAAGACACAACUCCUAAGGCAGACUACUCAUAUUAAUCAGCAAUGCUAAGAAAAAUGGAAGAUAACUAACAACAAGUCCAUCUCGCCUUAUUACCAACAUGAGAUUAGUCUCUUGAUAUAUAUAUAUAUAUAUAUAUAUGUGUUUAUAUCUCCAUCUAUUUAUACAAGUGCUAGUAGAAAUUUUCACUAACCAAGCUAGC